GGCUGGGCCCCUGGCCGGCGAUGUUGCAGGAGUGCAGGGGUCGUAAACCCACCCCCAGCCGAGCCGCAGCCAUGCACGGGCUCGCGGCUGCUGGCUGUCCUCGCUGCGGGCACCGGCCGGGCGGACAGGGCGCCAGCAUCACGGCAGUGACCCCGCGGAGUGGCCGCAGGCCCUGGGCGGUUGUUUGAGCGCCCGCGCUCCUGGUGGGUGAGGGUCCAGCCGGGAGCCGCGUGCGGGCGGAGGCCGCGUGCGCCGCGCCGUGCGCCGCAGUGGUGUCCGAAGCCGGCAGCUGCGCUGGGGUGGGGGGCCGCGCCGCAAGGUAACCUGUCCCGGGUGGGCGGCACACGGCCUCCCGUGGUCACUUAACUUUUUAGAAAACGAUUGAUAUGGAAGUCGCAACCCGAACCCCAACCCCAACCCUGGCGAGGGAGGGAGAGUCAGAGGCCUUCCGUCUGCGGGGUCACUCCCCAGCCGAGGCCGGGCCAGGUCACAGCCAGGAGCGGGAGCUUCUUCAGGCUCUGCCCCGUGGGUGCGGGGGCCCAGGCUCUCGGGCCGUCUUCUGCUACUUUCCUAGGCGCGUUAGCAGGGGGUUGGGUCAGAGGUGGAGCAGCCGGGACCCCAACCUGUGCCCGCAUGGCACCGCAGUGCCGGCCCCCAGCCAUUUAACUUCAUGAAAAUCAAGUAGAAUUUGGAAUCCGGCUCCGGGUUCGCUCACUGCACCGUCUCGGGCUGGGGGGGGGGGGUGUCGGUCGUUGUGACGUCACCGCGACGCCUGGUUCUCUGGACCUGCCACAGUGGGAGGAAAUAGGACUGUGUCCUCAUGGGCACAGGACCGUGGGAGCCGGGCGGGAGCCCGUUCACGGGGCACAGGACCGUGGGAGCCGGGCGGGAGCCCGUUCACGGGGCACAGGACCGUGGGAGCCGGGCGGGAGUGUAUUCACCGGGCACAGGACCGUGGGAGCCGGGCGGGAGCGUGUUCACCGGGCAGAGGACCGUGGGAGCCGGGCGGGAGCGUGUUCACCGGGCACAGGACUGUGGGAGCCGGACGGGAGCGUGUUCACCGGGCAGAGGACCGUGGGAGCCGGACGGGAGCGUGUUCACCGGGCAGAGGACCGUGGGAGCCGGGCGGGAGCCCGUUCACGGGGCACAGGGCCGUGGGAGCCGGGCGGGAGCGUGUUCACUGGGUACAGGACCGUGGGAGCCGGGCGGGAGCAGGUUCCCCGGGCAGAGGACCGUGGGAGCCGGGCGGGAGCCCGUUCACGGGGCACAGGACCGUGGGAGCCUGGCGGGAGUGUAUUCACUGGGCACAGGACCGUGGGAGCCUGGCGGGAGUGUAUUCACUGGGCACAGGACCGUGGGAGCCGGGCGGGAGCGUAUUCACUGGGCACAGGACCGUGGGAGCCGGGCGGGAGCCCGUUCACCGGGCAGAGGACCGUGGGAGCCGGGCGGGAGCGUGUUCACCGGGCAGAGGACCGUGGGAGCCGGACGGGAGCGUGUUCACCGGGCACAGGACCGUGGGAGCUGGGCGGGAGCCCGUUCACCGGGCACAGGACCGUGGGAGCUGGGCGGGAGCCCGUUCCCCGGGCACAGGACCGUGGGAGCCGGGCGGGAGCGGGUUCCCCGGGCACAGGACCGUGGGAGCCGGGCGAGAGUGUAUUCACUGGGCACAGGACUGUGGGAGCCGGGCGGGAGCCCGUUCACCGGGCACAGGACCGUGGGAGCCGGGGGGGAGCGUGUUCAUGGUACUUGUUCACUGGUGACUGUGGCCUUGGUGUUGUGUCCAGGUGAUUCAGGUCACGUGGGUAGAAAUGGGAGGAAGAUUAAGGAAAAUGUGGCUGAGAGGCGGCCCCCAGUGCGCGGCCACAGUGUGCUGGGUGGUCAGUGGACGCUGCUGCCUGGCCGGGGCAGGGUGGACGGGGGGUGGCUCAGCAUCUCACGCCUAGGUCUGCGCUGGCCGGGGCUCAGCCUCCUGCCCUCUCUGGGCGGCGGGGCGGGGAGGGCGACUCAGGCCCCGCCCACUGGCCAGGCCAGACUGCCGGGUGGUCUGUCCACUCUGGCUUCCCUGCGCCCGGCUGGAGACCCUCAGCGGUGCUUUAUUGUUUGGUGGAUUUGGGGCACCAGGCCGUGUCCCCAGCAGCAGGCCCCGGUGGUCCCGGUGGUCGCGGGACUCCCACCUCCCCCACCUGAGGGGCAGGUGCGGGCUGUGUGCUGUGCGUGAGUGCUGGUGUCUGAACUGCGAUGCCUGGUUCCAGAUGCCCGCGUCCCGGUGAGCCCGCUGUGUCACAACUCCGUCCCGGUGAGAAGGGGCAGAGGUGGACGUGGGGUCAGCGAGCCCGUGGACGGGGACUGCAGACGCCACCCUGGGAAGAGUUGGGAGCAGGUGCAGGGGCGCCCCUGGUUCCCGGGGGGGGGGGCAGUUUCCUGAGAGCGACCCCAGCAGGUGCAACGUGGGACCCUGACGCCACGCGGAGUGUCCUGUGUGCGCGUGGUCGCAGGGGUUUUUAUUUUACUGGAAUAUUUUUAUUUACCGGAAAGAGUAGCAGAGAGCUCCGUUCACUGGCUCACUCCCAAACACCCACAACAGCUGGGAGUGGGAGCUCCACCUGGACUGGGGUGGGAGGCAGGGACACCAGGACUUGAGCCACCGCCUCGGGCCCCACUGUGACUCACCACUGCCCUGCACUGUGCUCACCACACCACGGGCCCAGCUCACCACUGCCCCUGCACUGUGCUCACCACACCACGGCCCAGCUCACCACUGCCCCUGCACUGUGCUCACCACACCACGGCCCCAGCUCACCACACCACGGUCCCAGCUCACCACUGCCCCUGCACUGUGCUCACCACUGCCCUGCACUGUGCUCACCACACCACUGCCCCUGCACUGUGCUCACCACACCACGGCCCAGCUCACCACUGCCCCUGCACUGUGCUCACCACACCACGGCCCCAGCUCACCACACCACGGUCCCAGCUCACCACUGCCCCUGCACUGUGCUCACCACUGCCCCUGCACUGUGCUCACCACACCACGGCCCCAGCUCACCACACCACGGUCCCAGCUCACCACUGCCCCUGCACUGUGCUCACCACUACCCCUGCACUGUGCUCACCACUGCCCUGCACUGUGCUCACCACACCACGGCCCCAGCUCACCACUGCCCCUGCACUUGUCUGUUUCACCCUCUCCUGCUGCCUGCAGGAAGUCUUCUGGCACUGGGGAGACUCCUGGGUCUGUUUCCUUUCUUUCUCUCUCUUUUUUUUUUUUUUUGUUGGACAGGCAGAGUGGACAGUGAGAGAGAGAGACAGAGAGAAAGGUCUUCCUUUGCCGUUGGUUCACUCUCCAAUGGCCGCUGCUGUGGCUGGCGCACCGCGCUGAUCCGAAGGCAGGAGCCAGGUACUUCUCCUCGUCACCCAUGGGGUGCAGGGCCCAAGCACUUGGGCCAUCCUCCACUGCACUCCCGGGCCACAGCAGAGAGCUGGCCGGGAAGAGGGGCAACCGGGACAUAAUCCAGCACCCUGACCAGGACUAGAACCCGGUGUGCCAGCGCCACAGGCAGAGGAUUAGCCUAGUGAGCCGUGGCGACAGCCCACAAAAAAUCUUAAAAGAAAGGAAACAGGGCCGGCGCCGCGGCUCAGUAGGUUAAUCCUCCGCCUUGCGGCGCCGGCACACCGGGUUCUAGUCCCGGUCAGGGUGCUGGAUUAUGUCCCGGUUGCCCCUCUUCCAGGCCAGCUCUCUGCUGUGGCCCAGGAGGGCAGUGGAGGAUGGCCCAAGUGCUUGGGCCCUGCACCCCAUGGGAGACCAGGAGAAGCACCUGGCUCCUGCCUUUGGAUCAGCGUGGUGCACCGGCCGCAGCAGCCAUUGGAGGGUGAACCAACGGCAAAGGAAGACCUUUCUCUCCGCUCUCUCUCUCUCUAACUCUACCUGUCAAAAAAAAAAAAAAGUUUAUUGUGUUAUUUGGAAGCGUUUCAGAGAGGGAGAGACAGAGAGAGAGAGAGCUUCCAUCCACUGGUUUACUCCCCAGAUGGCCCCAGCAGCUGGGGCUGGGCCAGGCCAAAGCCAGGAGCUUCCCCCGGGUCUCCCACGCGGGUGCAGGGGCCCAAGGAGGACUUGGGCAUCUUCCACUGCUUUUCCGGGCUGUAGCCAGGAGCCAGAUCGUAGGUGGAGCGGCCGGGACUCGAGCUGGCGCCCAGAUGGGAUGCCGGGACUGUAGGCGGCGGCUUUACCGCUAUGCCACCCGGCGCCAGCCCCAGGAGCGGUGACUUAGACUUGAGACCGGUUGUGGCAGCUCCUCUGCCUGAGCUCCCAGUGACCUCCGUGGCCUUCCUGCCCUCACAGCUCGACCUUGACCUGCCGUCCGCGGUCGCUCACCCGUGAGCUCUUAGCUUCCGAGACCCCGGAGCUGCGUGCUUUCCGUUCUUGGCCUUGAGGGUCUGUGCUUUCUCCAGAAGUUUCUCUGCUGCCGCCGCUGCUAUUCUAGGAGCAGUGUGUGUGUUUGGGUCACCCCGGCAGCCAGGCGUCCGGGGAGACACACUGGAGCUGCUUUCUGUGGGUUGCGUGUCUGCAGUCCCCCCGGGACAGCCACUGGGCGGGCUGAGCCCCGCGCCCGCCCUGGGCCCUGCGAUUUUUCGGGUGUUCCCUCUGGGCUGGCUGCUGCUCGGGGGUGGGGCCGUGCCGGGCCAGGCUCGCCCGCGCAGGCCUCGGGAGCUGCCGGCUGACAAGAGCUUUCCUGGGCGGGCGCUGGCCUGUGGGGGGUGCCGGUUAGGACACGCGUGUCCCGUGUCGGGGGACCUGGGCUCCUCCUGGGCGGGCGCUGGCCUGUGGGGGGUGCCGGUUAGGACACGCGUGUCCCGUGUCGGGGGACCUGGGCUCCUCCUGGGCGGGCGCUGGCCUGUGGGGGGUGCCGGUUAGGACACGCGUGUCCCGUGUCGGGGGACCUGGGCUCCUCCUGGGCGGGCGCUGGCCUGUGGGGGGUGCCGGUUAGGACACGCGUGUCCCGUGUCGGGGGACCUGGGCUCCUCCUGGCUCCGGCUCCCGAUUCCAGCUUCCUGCUAGUGCAGACCCCAGCCCAGCUCGUGCCAUCGUGCACACGUGGGGAAGGGUAGAGGAGCGUCCCCCCCCACCACAUCAGAAAUUUAAAAGAGCCUUUUCCCUAGGGAGUUGGCCUCUCGGGCUUACGUGGGAGCUGUGAAGUCUCAGUUUUCAGCGUCCAGCUUGGGCCAACAGCACCGAGCCCCACUGUCUGCCACACACAGUCUGAUCCCUCCUGUGCGCCCCCCCCAGCCCUGUCCUCUCGUGUGCACCCCCAGCUGUACACCUGUACCGCUCCCCUCUGCACAUGUGGCUGCAGCAGGUAUUGCUGGCGUCCCGCCCGCACCCUGUCCCCUGGCCUCACGCGCUCAGGGACCUUGCGCAGCUGGGCCUGCCCUGGGCCGUGCGCGUGCUUGCCUGCGUGAGGGCGCUGAGAGGUCCAGCCCCGUCCCCUGGCCUCACGCACUCAGGGGCCUUGCGCAGCUGGGCCUGCCCUGGGCCGUGCGCGUGCUUGCCUGCGUGAGGGCGCUGAGAGGUCCAGCCCCGUCCCCUGGCCUCACGCGCUCAGGGGCCUUGCGCAGCUGGGCCUGCCCUGGGCCGUGUGCGUGCCUGCCUGUGUUAGGGUGCUGAGAGGUCCAGCCCCGCUGUGUGGCUGGGGCAGCUGCACUGUCGGGCUGUGCUUGUCAUGCCCUACCUUGGCCCUGCCCACCACUGUCUUAGUGCUGUUUUCUAAAUUUUUAUUUAUGUAGUUACCUUAUGUAUUUGAAAGACAACACAUUCCUAUCUACUUAGCCCACUCCCAAAAUGCCUACCACAGCCGGGGCUGGGCCAGGCCGCAGCCAGGGCCCAGGGGCUCCUUCCCGGUCUCCCACCCUGGUGUCAGGGGUCUGUGCUCUCACGUGGGUGUGGGGAUCCGUGCUCUCCCACCCUGGUGUCGGGGAUCCGUGCUCUCCCACGUGGGUGUCGGGGGUCCGUGCUCUCCCACGUGGGUGUGGGGAUCCGUGCUCUCCCACGUGGGUGUCGGGGGUCCGUGCUCUCCCACGUGGGUGUCGGGGGUCCGUGCUCUCCCACGUGGGUGUGGGGAUCCGUGCUCUCCCACGUGGGUGUCGGGGGUCCGUGCUCUCCCACGUGGGUGUCGGGGGUCCGUGCUCUCCCACGUGGGUGUCGGGGGUCCGUGCUCUCCCACGUGGGUGUCGGGGGUCCGUGCUGGAGCUGUCCCUGCUGCCUUCAGGGUAUGCAUUGCAGGAGGCUGGAUGGGGAGUGGAGCAGGACUGAACCCAGCGCUCCACCGUGGGUGCCGGCGCGAGUAGUGGCUCCGCACCCAGCACCUGCCUGGGGCGUUCCUGACCGACGGGAAGCUUCCUUUGCUUUACCGUUUGUCGGCGCUUGGCUGUGGGGGCCGGCGUCGGCCUGCAGUGUCGGCGCUUGGCUGUGGGGGCCGGCGUCGGCCUGCAGUGUCGGCGCUUGGCUGUGGGGGCCGGCGUCGGCCUGCAGUGUCGGGUGCCGGCUGCAGGGCUGGUGUCUGAUCUCAGGGCAGCAGGCCGUGCCCCAGCUGCUCCGUUUCCAGUCCAGCUUCCUGCUGAUGGCGCCUGGGGAGGCAGGGAGACGGCCCAGCUGCUGACCCUGCACCUACGCGGGAGACCAGAUUGGAGCUCCUGGCUUCGGCCUGGCCCAGCCCGGCCUGUUGUGGUCACUUGGGGAGUGAGUCAGCAGUUGGAAGACCUCUCUCUGUCUCUCUCUCUCCCUCUCUCAACCUCCCCUGUUCUCCCCCUCCUCUCUUUAGGAAUGUCUUUGAUGUCUCCUUAACCAGCACUCCUCUGCCCAAGGCUGGCUCUGUGGGCAGUUCCCGUCCCGGGGCCUGGGGCGAGGCGCUGGCGAGGCUGGCUCUGUGGGCAGUUCCCGUCCCGGGGCCUGGGGCGAGGCGCUGACCAGGCUGCUUCCUCAAGUCCUCAGGUCCUGGUGCGCCCGAGAGGGGUGCAGGGGGAGACGUCCUGCAGCUGGCCUGUGCCUAGUGCCGGGGAAGUUUCUGCAUCCGGCACAGACACCCUGGACCACAGCUGCAGCCACGGGAGCCACCCCGCCAUCAAGGCUGGCUGAGGGGCUGCGCAGGGCCGGCUGAGACUCCCGGGGCCUGGUCACUGCCCAGCCCAGUGUCGACCUUACGUGCCUCGUGUCAGGGCUGUGGUGAGUGUGAUAAAGCUGCCGACUCGUUCUGUCUGCCUCCCCAGCUGUCGUACUGCGCCGCACCGGCGGGGAGUGGCAGAGGCUGAAGGCUGGGCUGGCUCCUUCUGAGCCUGGGGAGACCUGCCGUGUGCGGCGUCCCCUGUGCGUGCCCAGGGCCCCCGGCGCUGCCGUGUGCGGCGUCCCCUGUGCGUGCCCAGGGCCCCCGGCGCUGCCGUGUGCGGCGUCCCCUGUGCGUGCCCAGGGCCCCCGGCGCUGCCGUGUGCGGUGUCCCCUCUGCGUGCCCAGGGCCUGUCUCCAGCACGCUGUGAGCCCCCUGUGCACAGUAGGGGUCCAGGGUUCCCGCUGCAGCUGUGCGGCUGGUGUCUGUCCAGUCAGCGGACGUGUGAGCUGAACUCGCCGUCGUGAAGAAGGGGAGGGGGGAGCUGCUCCCCACGGCGUCUGGCUGUGUCCGUGCUACCCUGAGCCAGCCUGGUGAGCGUGUGACCCCGGGGUCGGUGCACGCCGAUGUGGCCGUGCCCUCAGGGCCUUCGGUGCCCGUCCCCCUGCUGGCUGCCCUGUGGCUCAGGUGCUGUCCGGGUGGCGUGGGUGGGCUGAGCGACUGGGUCACAGGAGGGGCCGGGCCCCAGGUCACUCCAGCACAGGGGGCGACCAUGCACCCGAUCCUGAAGCUACUUGUUUGGGGUCUUGGAGGCCGGGACGUGGCAUUGCCCGUCCCCAGUCCUGUCCCCUGGCGGCUUCUGUGGUGAUGCCCGCCUCACCGGGGCCAGGGUGGAUCUAACGGGACGCCCCCGGUCUGCGGAGGAGGGAGGUGCAGCGAUGGCCCCCACCCCGUGCGCUGGGACGGUGCUCGUCCUGUGCUUUGUGCUCCUGGGCGUGGCUCCCGUGCCUGAGACCCUGCAAAACCCUUCCGGCAAGAUACAGACCCCGCAGGCAGAGGCCGCGAGUGCACCCAGGUGAGAGGUUUGGCAGCAGAGAAUAAAGUGGAUUAAAGAGCAGAGGAGCUGAGGAGCCGGGCAGGGGUCAGGUCGGUCAGGGGCCCGGGCUUCUGGAAGCUCCUGUCCGCAAAACACCAGACAGCGUGCCCCUGGUGGCCGCACCCGGCCCACCGCCACUGUGCCCCUGGUGGCCGCACCCGGCCCACCGCCACUGUGCCCCUGGUGGCCGCACCCGGCCCACCGCCGCCGUGACAGGCCGGCCUGUGAGCGCUCAGAGAAACUUCCGGAAGUGCUUGACGUCCCAGCAGCAGGAAGAGGCUUCCGCGAGCAGCAGCGCUCAUCCGGGCUUGGGCUUGGGUGUUGGCGUUCUAGAGGAACGAGCAGAGGGGGCGGCAGGGGCCGAGCCGGAGUGCGGGAGGAAUGGACGCCCUCGUGCGCGGGGCCGAGCCAGGAAGGGGACGCCAGCACUCAGGUCCCGGGCGCGGGGAAGCGGGUGACAAGGUGACCGCGCCCCUGGCCUGCACAGCCGCCCUGUGUGCACCCACAUUCACUGCCUUUGCUUCCGCAGCUUUCGUUUUUGUUUUAAAGAUGUGUCUGAGAGGCACAGUUACAGAGAGAGAGAGGCCUGCAUCCGCUGGUUCACUCCCCAGAUGGCCACAGCGGCCAGAGCUGCGCCGAUCCGAGCCGGGAGCCAGGAGCUACUUCCGGGUCUUCCGCUGCUUUCCCAGGCCACAGCAGAGAGCUGGAUCUGAAGAGGAGCAGCCGGGGCUAGAACCAGCGUCCAUAUGGGAUGCCAGUGCCACAGGCAGAGGCUUGGCCUGCUACACCACAGCGCCGGCCCAGAAGUACCGUUUUGAACGGCCUUUAGAUAAACCAAACCGCAGCAGAGGCAGGUGAGCUCCAGUUAGCGCUCGGAGGCCUCGUCCCGCACCGAGCGCUGCCUGCCGACAGGGUCUGCCUGCCCCUAAGGAGGGGCUCCCUCUCCUGCUCCUGGGCGCAUGACCCCGAGAGCACAGCUGUGGCCUGUGGGACCUAGGGAAGAGGGAGGCCUGCCAGGCCCCGGGCCUCAGUGGCACACGGCGCUGGCUGCGGGUUGCUGACGUGUGGCUGAGACGUGGCUUCUGCCCGGUGCUUCAGGGCGGCCAGCACUCUGCUGGCCACACGCAGCAGGCCCGGCGGCCUUGGGUCUUGGCUCUGCUGAAGUCCGGUCUGUCCAGCUUGUCCCCAUCUGCCCGCCCCACCCCCAGGCUUCGGGGGGAGGGGACUCGGACUCUGGGAAGCUUUGUCUAAAAGCGGCUGUCCCCCAGCUCUGGUGUGGGUGGUGCCGCGGGUGGACCUGGGAUGCUGUGUCCCCCAGCUCGGGUGUGAGUGGUGCCGCGGGCUGGGUGCUGGGAUGCUGUGUCCCCCAGCUCGGGUGUGGGUGGUGCCACGGGUGGACCUGGGAUGCUGUGUCCUCCAGCUCGGGUGUGGGUGGUGCCGCGGGCUGGGAUGCUGUGUCCUCCAGCUCGGGUGUGGGUGGUGCCGUGGGCUGGGAUGCUGUGUCCCCCAGCUCGGGUGUGGGUGGUGCCGUGGGUGGACGCUGGGAUGCUGUGUCCCCCAGCUCGGGUGUGGGUGGUGCUGCGGGUGGACCUGGGAUGCUGUGUCCCCCAGCUCGGGUGUGGGUGGUGCUGCGGGCUGGGUGCUGUGUCCCCCAGCUCGGGUGUGGGUGGUGCCAUGGGCUGGGUGCUGUGUCCCCCAGCUCGGGUGUGGGUGGUGCCGCGGGCUGGGUGCUGGGAUGCUGUGUCCCCCAGCUCGGGUGUGGGUGGUGCCGCGGGUGGGUGCUGGGAUGCUGUGUCCCCCAGCUCGGGUGUGGGUGGUGCCGUGGGUGGACGCUGGGAUGCUGUGUCCAGCUUGGGUGUGGGUGGUGCCGUGGGUGGACGCUGCGAUGCUGUGUCCAGAUCGGGUGUGGGUGCUGCCGCUGGCUGGGUGCUGUGUGAGGUAAUCACACGUCGUUCCAGAGGUCCAGGAGUCUGCAGAGGGGCCCGGCGCUGUGGUGCAGCGGGUGAAGCUGUCAGUGGCCCCGGCAUCCCACCUGGGUCUGGAUAGAGGGCCAGCUGCCCCACUUCCGAUCCCGCUCCCUGCUAAUGGCCCAGGUGGUUCCGUCCCUGCACCCGCGUGGGAGGCCCGGAGGGAGCUCCUGGCUCCUGCCCCUGCCCAGCCCCUUGCAGCCAUUUUGGAAGUGAACCAGAAGACAGAAGAGCCGUCUCUCCCCUCUCUCUCUAAUCUGGCUUUCAAAUAAAGGAAACAAAUCUUUUUGAUAAGGAAGUAGUUCACAUACCUGCUUAUUUUUGCCAGGGGAAACACAGGAUGGUGGGAACUCGUGGGGUUGCUCACGUGGUGGUGUGGACGGGCAGGAGUGAAGUCGUGGGGGGGACCACGGCUCUGCCACGCCUUCCUGUGCUUCGCUCACCUGAGCAGACGGGGGUGGGGGGAAGCGGGUGGGCGCACCCGAACUGCGUCCUAGGGCAGAGGGGACGGGCGGGCGGUUUUUCCCGAGUGAGCCGCCGGUGUGCGGGGUUCAUGGUUGCCAUGGGGACGACUCAGCUGCUGGGUGCCUUCGACUCCUGGGCCUCUGCUCCCACCAGGAGGAGCCCUGAGCCCACCGGGACCCAAGCCCCUCAGCCCUGGCCGCCACCGCCCUGCCUCCUGCCCCGGACGUUUCGUGUGAGAGGAGCCUGCUGGCCUCUGCGUCCGUCCACGUGGCCACGCGUGUCUGUCCAUGGUGGGGCCGUGUAGCUCUGUGUGGAGGUGCAGCCUGGGGGCCGUCGCUGCCCUUCAGUUCCUGUGGGUGGUGUCGGGGGUGGGGGAGACGGGGCUGCAGGGUGGGGGGCUGCCACCCCACAGCAGAGCUCCCCACGCCCAGCCAGGACUGAGGUCUUGGAAGCACCAAGCCUGGGUGGUGCGCAGUGGGUGACCCCAGCAGGCAGAGGCCGCAGGGACGUCCACGGGAGGAUACCGUUCCCGGGAUGGGGGUGGGAGGGUCACCUGCAGGGUGUGGCUCGUCUGGCAUAGCCGACGUCACCAGCUGACGCAGAGGCCGCCCUCGGCCAGCACUGGAGAAAGCCCCGGGCCCUGGGGAGCUUGCCACUGAGUUGGUCUUGGGCUGCGUCCGUCCACUGCGACAGAGCUUGGGGCUCUUGGGAACAGAUCCUCUGUGCCUCGGCGAGCCCAGCGGGUGUGCACGCCGGAGCAGGUGACCCCAAGGAUGACAUUGGCUGGCUGGUAGGCGGGGCCUGGCCCAUGUGUGCCUGGCACUGGUCAGCCAUGGCCGUCCCCCAGGAGGGAGGGCCACAGGCCGCGUCAGACAGCAGAGACGGCAGCAGGCCCUUCUUGCGCCCUCUGGGGUCAUCUUACGCAGCCCUGGGGGGACCACCCGGCCACCUGAUCCGGCCCCCCACUCCCUAGAGGCCUUCGCACACCAGGACUGGGUUGGGGCCCUGCCCCAUUCCUGCACCACCAACCCAUUAGCUGAUAGUGUGAGACAGGGUUCGAAGGUCAGCACGUGUGUGGGGAGGCCACGGCAGGUGGGCAGCAGCCCCAGCCCCCCAUGCUGUCGCGGGAGGCUGCCAAGACUGCUCCUGUGCCCAGCCUCAGCCCGGCGGCCCUCCUCACUCCUUCAGAGGCUCUGGGGGCACAGCCAUGAGUGCCAGUGCCGGCACGUGCUGAGUGGGAGCCCCUGAGCCCUGCACAGCCGCUGGCCCUGGGGUAGGACAACUGGGCUGCACCUAGCACGGGAGAACUGGAGCCGGAGUGCACCCUGGGGGGCCAGCAGCCCCCUGUCCUGCCCAGGGCCUGUGCUCACUCCUGCCGGCACCUCACCGGAAGGGACAGUGUCUCAGAGGAUGUCCCAGUGACCCUUCUUCUAGCUGCACCAGCAGUAACUGAGUGGCUCGGAUGUGAGUUCAGAAACUGCGGUGGGCUUUGGGUGGGCUUCCUGAGUCCUGGGAGGCCUGGUUUAUACCUGGGAGGCCUGGUCUACAUCCUGGGAGGCCUGGUCUACACCUGGAAUGGCUGGUCUACACCUGGGAGGCCUGGUCUACACCUGGGAGGCCUGGUCUACAUCCUGGGAGGCCUGGUCUACACCUGGGAGGCCUGGUCUAUACCCUGGGAGGCCUGGUCUACAUCCUGGGAGGGCUGGUCUGCACCUGGGAGGCCUGGUCUACAAGUCUACACCCUGGGAGGCCUGGUCUACACCGGGAGGCCUGGUCUAGAUCCUGGGGGGGUUGGUCUACAGGUCUAGACCCUGGGAGGCCUAAUCUACAUCCUGGAAGGCUUGGUCUACGCCUGGGAGGGCCAAUCUAUACCUGGGAGGCCUGGUCUGCACCUGGGAGGCCUGGUCUGUACCCCGAGAGGCCUGGCCUACAGGUCUACACUCUGGGAGAGCUGGUCUACACCUGGGAGGGCUUGAUCUACACCCUGGGAGGCUUGGUCUACAGGUCUACACCCUGGGAAGCAUGGUCUACACCCCGGGAGGCCUGGCCUGCACCCUGGGAGGGCUGGUCUACAGGUCUACACCCUGGCAGGGCUGGUCUACACCUGGGAGGGCUUGAUCUACACCCCGGGAGGGCUGGUCAACACCCAGGAGGGCUGGUCUACAGGCCUGUGUGUGCUGCUACAGGGCAGCCUUGAGGAAGGGCUCUGCUGCCCCUGAACCUUGUACGGCGCUAGGCCCCGCACUGCUCUGGUGGCUCCCCGCGCCCUGCCUGCUCUCACUCCCCACACCCUGCACUGCUCUGGGGGCUCCCCGCGCCCUGCCAGCCCCCUGGGGCUCCCUGCUCUGUUGGCCCCGUAGCGCCUCCCUGCUCCACCAGCCUGCUGACGCCACAGCACAGAGGCAAAGCAACAGACCUCUGUCCGCUGGUUCCCUCCCCGGUGUGUGCGGCUGGGCAGGCUGGAGCCAGGGCUGGUCUGAGUCCCCUGCGUGACCACCCCUGGGAGCAUCCCAGGCAGCUGGGUCGGAGCCGAGCAGGCAGGAGUCAGGCCGGGCACGUGGGUGCCUGCCCGCUGCCGUGUGCGACUGACCGUUUGGGUGGCUUUCUCAGUUGAUGUCCGUGGGACAGUGGAAGGACCUGGAGAGAAGUCAGGCCUUGGCGUAGUGGGCGGAGCCUCUGCCUGGAGUCCUGACUGCUCCUCCCCCACCUGGCCGGGAAAGCAGUGAGGAAGCGCCUGACUCCUGGCUCCGGAACGGCCCAGUUCUGGGGGUGAACCAGUGGAUGGAAGAUCUCUCUCUCUGUGUGUCUCUAACGCUACCUCUCAAUUUUAAAUAAAUAAAAUCUUGGAGCUGGCAACGUGGCAUAGUGGGCUAAGCCUCCACCUGUGGCGCUGGCAUCCCAUGUGGACACCAGUUCGAGUUCCAGCUGCUCCUCUUCCGAUCCAGCUCUCUGCUAUGGGCCGGGAAAGCAGUAGAAGGUGGCCCAAGUCCUUGGGCCCCUGCACCCAUGUGGGAGACCAGGAAGGAGCUUCUGGCUCCUGGCUUUGGAUCAGCGCAGCUCCAGCCGUUGCAGCCAUCUGGGGAGUGACCCAGUGGACAGAAGACCUCUCUCUGUCUCUCACUGUCUGUAACUCUACCUCUCAAAUAAAUGAAAUCUUAACAAAGCUAA